UAACAGAAUGCGUUUCUAUGCAAUUGCUUUCAUCGAUUUCGGAUGGCAGCCGUGAUACGUGUGGUGCUGUAACCAUUGGUUUUAUUCACAUAUAAUAUACAAUAAAUACGUCAAUUCUGAUAUCAGUACUAAGGUUCUUUAUAUUAUUAAUGUAAUGUUUUGUGUAUAGUUUUCAUUUCGUAUGGUUUGUUUAUUUGAUAUGUUGAGAAUAUGUGACAUCGGGGGAAGGGCCAUUAAGUGGAACGGCGACCAGUACAGAAGUGUUGGUGUUCUCGUGAAUGGAGGUUUAACUGUGUUGAAAUAUUUGACAUUUAUGAUGAAAAUACAAAAUUAAAUGUUUUAACAGAAAUGGGAGUGCCGAAAUGCACCCAUGACAGAGAAUCAGCCCUGAUGAAUAGUCCAUUCAAAUGUUGCUGCUGCUGCUGCCAGACAUUACCCUGUAGCAGCCAUUGCAGCACCAGGACUCGAACCCAGUGCAAAGUGUUGUUUACAUCACGGUCACUGUGAUCGAGAGCCCUUCCUAGACACCGUCACUAUCGUUGGGAGGUGCUGAAACGGAAGUUUUUUAUUUUUCUAAAAAAUCGUUUUGCAGUAUUAAACAUGGACCCAGAUGGUGGCGUUGGAGGAAUAUCCUCCAUGAAACUUCCUCAUUCGCAUUCAACCCCUGCAGGGGUAGAUGGGGGUACAAGAACUCCCCCAACCACACCCAAGAAGGGUGGAAAGAUGCUUGCAGUACGCGUUCAGAUGUUAGAUGAUUCUGUCACCAUGUUCCAAGUACAGGCAAAAGCUUUGGGUCGAGUUUUGUUUGAUCAAGUCUGUAAGCAGCUUCAUCUGCUUGAAGCAGAUUAUUUUGGACUUGAAUACCAAGAAGUUGGUGGAACCAAAUACUGGUUGGACCUGGAAAAGCCAUUGUCCAGGCAAGUUGGGCUCUCUCUGGUGGAUACAUUGCUAAAGUUCUGUGUCAAGUUCUACACACCAGAUCCAGCACAACUGGAAGAAGAGUUCACAAGAUACCUGUUCUGCCUACAGAUCAAGCGUGACUUGGCCCAGGGUUUACUUCAGUGUAAUGAUAAUACAGCUGCUCUUAUGGCUUCUUAUAUAGUACAAGCUGAAUGUGGAGAUUAUGUGGUGGAAGAUUAUCCUGAUCAUACAUACCUGUCUACAUAUAAGUUUGUACCAAAUCAAGACCAUGAGUUGGAGCGGAGAAUCAUGGAGAAUCACAAAAAACAUGCGGGUCAGUCACCAGCAGAAGCCGACUUGAAUCUGCUGGAGACAUCCCGUCGUUGUGAGCUUUACGGUAUGAAGAUGCAUCCAGCAAAGGAUCAUGAGGGCGUGCCACUGAAUCUGGCUGUGGCACACAUGGGCAUCGUUGUCUUCCAGAACUUUACCAAGAUCAAUACGUUUUCCUGGGCCAAGAUUCGCAAAAUCAGCUUUAAAAGAAAACGCUUCCUUGUGAAACUUCACCCAGAAGGCUAUGGUUACUACAAAGAUACAGUGGAGUUUUUCUUUGAAGGUCGAAAUGAGUGCAAAAAUUUCUGGAAAAAGUGCGUAGAAAACCAUGGCUUCUUCCGCUGCUCAGCUAUCAAACAUGUUCCAAGGCAGAAAACCCGCGUCUUGAGUCGAGGUUCAUCUUUUAGGUACAGUGGUAAAACUCAAAAGCAAAUUGUUGAAUUUGUACGUGAGAACUAUGUGAAAAGGCAGACAUUUCAGAGGUCUCAGUCGUUCCGUCAUUCGAGCUCGGCUCACUCGAGUGUUGCGAACGUUGUGGGAACCAGCUUAUCAGCACACCCCUUGUUACCUCUUGGAGAUAAUGCUGUCGUCGGCACUCCAGCGUCUCUCUCAUGCGGCUCGAUGACACUGGGGUCGACGAUGGAGCACCAGCGGGGUGUGGGCUCACACCACCACCACCACCGCCACUCCAACAGGGACCAAGCUGGCAAUGUGAGUCCUCUCCUGUCCCCAACACACACUGUGGAUAUCCACGACUUCGAUACACGGGACUUGACCAUAAUGGCAGCAGGAGGUGUCGGGACUACGAGCCCAUCACCCCCCCUCACCACCUCCCUGUCGCCAGGUACAUCGAUCACAUCCAGCCCACAGCAUUUCUACCCAGGUGGGCGCCAGACAGACGACGAGGAACAAGAGUACACCACUGGAGUGACGGAACAACGGGGGAUGCUGAGUACUGGCGGGAGUCAACAUCAGAGUCCUUACCGACACCAGAACACAGGUAUUGACACAGUAGAAGGCAUCAGCGGAACACCCCAGUUGAAGAUGCAAGAUAACAGCACAUGCCUUAUUACAUCUACUCCCAAUGAAAAUGGUAGUAUUGCAACAAAUCACAAAGUGGAAAAUGAGAUUCAUAUGCCUGAUGUUUCUCCACUGAAGAUUGUCAGAGAUGAACUCCCAGUGGCUAAGAUUGCUAGCACCAUUGAAGGAGAAGUUGAUAUGCGAAGGAAGAUAGGAGUUGUGAAGACAAUGGAUUCUGAACUGAGUGGUAGUAAGCAUUCUGCAGAUAUGUUGAGGUAUCCAACAGACCGUGCUUACUUUAUUGCAAAGGAGAUUUUAAUGACUGAGAGGACCUAUAAGAAAGACCUUGAAGUGAUCAGCUUGUGGUUUCGUGACGAGGUGAGUAAGGAGGAAGGUGAAAUGCCACAUUCAGCUUUGAUGCCUUUGUUUUCAUUGAUUGAGCCUCUUCUUGAGUACCACUGUGGCUUCCUUCGUGAUGUAGAAACUCGUCUUGCUACUUGGGAAGGCCGCAGUAAUGCACAUCUCAAUGGAGACUAUCGUCGCAUUGGAGAUGUUCUUUUGAAGAAUAUGGGAGUUUUGUCAUUGUAUGAAAAGUACCUAGCAAAGCAUCUGGUUGUUCUUGAAAAGCUGGACUCUGCAUUCCGACUGAAUCACAAAUUUGAGCAACUGUAUCGGGAUUUUGAAAUGCAGAAAGUCUGUUAUCUGCCACUGACUGCAUUUAUAUUGAAGCCUCUUCAGAGACUUCUGCACUAUGAGAACCUGCUGGACAGACUUCUGAAGCAUUAUGGUAAAGAUCAUCAAGAUUAUGAAGAUUGUUUGGCUGUAAAAAACAAGUUGAUUGAGACAUCUUGUAAUGUUCCCAGUGUUCUACAACGCUCAGAAAACUUUGUGGCACUGUGUGAGUUGCAGCGUGACCUAAAUGGCUUUGACAAUCUAGUGCAGCCUGACAGAGAGUUUGUGCGACAAGGGUGCCUUCUAAAGCAUUCCCGUAAAGGUUUUCAGCAGCGCAUGUUCUUCCUGUUUUCGGACCUCUUGCUGUAUACCAACCGCAUUGUUCAGCCAAGCCCUCAGUUCAAAGUUCAUGGUCAGCUGCCACUGAGAGGUGUUAUAGUGGAGGAGACACCAGACAAUAAGACUGGAGCAAACUACUGCUUCAGUAUUUAUGGUGGCAAUAGAGCGCUUACUGUAGCAGCAAGCAGCCAAGAGGAGAAAGACAAGUGGCUGGAAGAUCUCACAGCUACAAUACAGACUGCCCGAGAGAAAGGAGAUAAUAAACUUCAAUACCUCAGUCUGAAGUCAUGCAGUUCAUCAGAUGAGGUGAUGGAAACUUGCGGUGGGGAUGGUGUGAAUGAUACCAAUGGAACAGGGCGGGAGAAAGCAGCAGGAGCCGCUCAGCGCAGCAACACGACAGUACAUGUUUGUUGGCAUCGGAACACUAGUAUUAGCAUGCGUGAUCAGUUACGAGCUGUAGAAAACCAACUGAGUGGUUAUCUGUUGCGAAAAUUCAAGAACAGCAAUGGCUGGCAGAAGUUGUGGGUUGUUUUCACGAACUUCUGUUUAUUUUUCUACAAAACCUUCCAGGAUGACUUCCCAUUGGCCAGCUUGCCUCUGUUGGGGUAUACAGUCAGUUCUCCCUCAGAGCAAGAUGCCAUACACAAAGAAUAUGUGUUCAAACUCCAGUUCAAGAAUCACGUUUAUUUUUUCCGGGCUGAAAGUGAAUACACAUUUGGUCGAUGGAUGGAAGUUAUCAGCAGUGCUACACAGCAUUCUGGUCGUUUACGGCUGUUCAGUAGGAAGGAAAGUGUGUUAGAAGACAGCUAGAUUUUGCAAUAGGAUGUUGGUAAGUCCAUGUUUGCAGUAAUAAGAACUGUGAAGCUGACCACCUCUUCCACAUGUUCCAUUAUUAGGAAGUUACUCUAUCAUUUGGCAUGUUAAAAGAAUGAGGUUAAUGGGUGUUAUUAAGUGUUGAGAGUUGGUAAAUUUUUUAUGGUUUCUGGUUUAAUAGGAAAGAAUGAUUAAGCAUAUAUGUAUUAAUUCUUUUCUCUGUGUGAAAUGAGCAAAUAUAGAUCAUUGUGAAUCUUGAGUACUCUUGUGUACAUAUGCUAAAAGCAAAGGAGGAGUAGGAUGUGAAAUGAAAUUAUACAUAUAAUGCUUAAUAAAUGUAAACACUUAAUGUGUUCUAAUGUAUAAAAUAGGUCAUGCUGGUAUCUUGCAUUUGCCAUGGUAUUACAUCUAAGAACAGUCCAAAGCAUUGAACUGAACUGAACUGAAUCAAAUUGAACCUAAUUGCUGGUAAAUUUGGAUUUCAGGUAUAGAAGCAUUUUCAGUGUGCAAAUCUUUGAGAGUACAUAUAACUAUAUUAUUUGGAAUUAAAUUAUGUAUUAAAGGUGUUGUACACUUAUUUACAUGGUAAUAAUUUAAUGUUCUUUGGAAUGUUAUGUGACAAAAUAUGUUUCUGCUGCUUAAUUUCACGUGUUCCACCCAUAAAAUUAAUGUUUCUUGGAAUUGGUCAUAUAAUGCCUGUUUCAGUGAUAGAAAGGGCAGCUAUGCACUACUUUUCAGUUUCUUUAAAGGGAUACAGAGAACUGAAAUUUUAAUUGGAUAUAAACUAAAUUUAAAGGAGCAGCAGUUUAUACAGUAUGAUGUUCUCUAAUUAGAACGGUGUGAGUACAGAGUAAGACGCCUUGUUAUGAAUUAGAAAGAACAUGUAUUGCAGACUUGUUGUUUUAUAAUGGAACUUGUAUUAUCACAUAUGAUGGGACAUCACACAACCUUAUUCUUCUCUCUCUUCUUCCGUUUCUUGACCGUUACUUCGGUCUUCCGGUGCCUAAUAUUUUCUUCCAUUCUUCUCUAUUUUCCCAUCCUUGUGGAGGUAGUUUCCACUCUAUCAUGGUUCUUGUAAUUUUGUCGUUCCAUCCUGGUCUCUGUCUUCCUCUCUUCCUUCUCUCUUUUGGUUGCCAUUAUUCUUGUAUACAAUAAUUAUUAAAGUACACAAAUUGCACUCUUAUUUUGAAUGAUAGACAUGUUAUUAUUAAAUAUUCUUUCAUCAGUGUUGUUUGUUCAUGUAGAAUGCUUAACCAGUUUCAUAUUGCUGGCUAGGUUACAAGAACAUUAUAACCUUUUUUAGCAGCAAUUGAGCCUGCAUUGUGAAACAGUGUUUGGUCUAAGAGACUGCUGAUUUUUCCGACUGCAUACUGUCAGAGAUUCUGUCUUCUUGUAGAGUGAUGCCAUCAAGCAUUUCCACAAGUUCCUCUAUCUGAAUUAGAAGUUCAUAAAAUUCCCCACACUGUUAUUUCAUCAUUUACAGUAAAUUUAUAAGAUCCUGUGACUCUGAACAUUGCUGCUGAAUUGUUAGCACUUGUGCUCGAGAUUUUGUGUGCUUAUUCUCCGACCCACCAGGCAAAUGCUUGGAUACUACCUUAAAUUAUGCCACAAAUGCUUCUUUGUAUAUCAUUUCCAGUUUAUUAAUUAUCUAAUAAUUUGAUGGUAUAGGGCGUAUGUUCUGAACUACUGGUAGGAUCAUUAUAUCACAAAUGAGUAAGUAAUUAUGAUCCCCUGUGUCUGUGUGCACGUAAUUUUAUUUUACUUGGUUUAGAAGUCUUCAGCAGAUGAUACAUCAAUAGCAUAGUUACAGAAUUCUUAAUUAAUAUGUGGAUUCAAAUUAAUGAGGAAUAGAGCUCAGGCUGAUAGAUGGUGAUGGUAUAAGAAUGUCAGACAUUUUUGUUUUGUACUGAAGGAUUUUAAUGCAUAGAAUGAAGUAUUAGAUUUUACAUCUGUUUGUCUGUGGACAGUUAUUUAAGCAAUGGAAUAGUAAUUUUAAUAUAUAUUUAUGUUAUAACUGUAUGGAGAAAUCCAUGGCUUAGGUUCAUGUCAUGAAAUCAUUUUCAGAAAACCAUAAUAAUCUGAUCAUGAUUGCCUGCUGUUAUAUGCAAACACCUUUGUGACUUAACUGUUGUAUGGCCUGAAUUUGAAAAGUACUUCUAUAUGAACUGUUACUCAGAUCCUUGUGAUUUGAAAGCAUUUGUUUUUCCCUGCCUUCAGAGUUUUUUCUCAUAUUGGCACCAGUUCCCAAGUUACUUGUACUUUGUUUAACGCUUAACAUGGUAUAAUAUAAAAUAACCACUGUGUGCGCACGUGCACAUGCACACAUUUGCAUGAUUUUAUUAUUUUAUGAAUGCAUUUUUAAAACUUCAGUGCAAAACAAAAUGUUGCAUAUUAAAUAUAGCAUAUUUGUAAUUUGAAAAAGGUAAUUAAAUACAGUUGAGCAGCAGUUAUCAAGAAUAUGAAUGGCAAGUUAAAGGAACAAAUAAGCUUCCAUUGAUGUACUGUGUUAAGAAAAAAUUAUCUUUAAACCUUUUCCCAUUCUUUAGAUUAAAUUGUAUGAAACUUUCUUUAGAAUGGGUAGUAUUUGAAUUCAGAGUUCUUGCUUAAUUUAUAUUAAUAUUUAGAUAUAAGAGAUCAAUCUUUAUUUCAUGAUAAUUUAAUUCCUUUCAUAUGAAAUUUUAUAGUAAAAUCCAAUCAAAAGCAGUCCAUAUAACAAUGCAAUUCACUACAAUCUUGUGCAUUGGUAACAUAAAUGAUACAAGGAUUUUUUUAUAUUGUGUGCUAUCCUUUUUUUAAAAAAAUCACUUUGCUAUACUUUGAUGGCCUACUCUUGUAUUUUCGGGAUAAUGUAAACUUAAAGGUAAGUUUGCUUCAUUUCAGAUUUUAAGUUAUGACAGUUUGGUUUUAAGUUGACAGCUGGUCAUGGGUUUCAGUUUAAUAUCAUUUCUUUGUUUGCAGAAGAAAUACUGUAGUAAUUGUACAAAGCAAUGAAUUGAAAUAAUUUCAAAACAAUUUCAUUGUCAUCUGCAUCAGCUUCUUCCAUAUGGCAAUAAAUGAAUUACAUAUCAUAUAAUACUGCAGACAGUCAUGUACUUGUCACAGAGGCACAGUAAAUAAUUUUGUAAAUUAUGUAAGACAAGUUAAGGUAACCAGUUUUCAUUACUGUCCCUGCUGAGAUUUAACUGGACUAUCAAAUGGAAGAAUUUUUAAUAAAAAUGGUACUGGUAAGAAUUUUUACAUUAAUAUGACAGCAUAUUUUGCAGAUUACACUAUAGUAGUCACUGAAAAGUUGGCAAAGUAAAAUGUGUCUGUAUAUAAACCUGAGAAGACACCAUAAGAAGUAUCACAAGAAAUAUUUAAACUCAAGGAUACAUGAAUGUUUUCAAUGAAGAAGGAAAAGCUCUUUGGAGGAUGACUUGGUAUAAUCAAAUAACAGAUUGGUAGGUGGAAGUAUUACAUUCAUUUGAAAGUUGGCAAAUGUCAUUUUAUCUUACAAUUUCUUCUUAUAUUUUUAUUGGUAAACUCUUAUCUCUUCAUUAAUAAAAGCAAAGUGUUUGGUGCUGCUUGGUUAUUUAAUACUAUAUCAACUGCAGCAUUUGUUUAGCAUCAGAUGAGUUGAGAGGAUGAUUAUCUACAGUAUUUGUCAUAGUAAAUCUUUGCUUUGAUAAAUGUUUCUCUCUUCUUUAUCUGAUUGACAGAUGAAUGAAUGACUGAAGAGAUAUAGAUUUAAAAAUAAUAAGUUUUUCCUACAAGAAUGGUUUGCAGAGUUCCAGAAUUGUUAUACCUUCAAACACAAUGAAGAUUAUGAAGCACAUAAAUACCAUUUACUGUUCUGCAAGAUGAUGAAGGUACCAUGCUAUGGAAUGGGCAAAAUAUUGUUGCAGUGUAAUUAUUUUCAUAUAAAUUUAAUAAAUUUUGACAAUGUAUGUAGAAGUUUAUUUGUUCUCUCAAUAUCUGGAUUCUUGCAUAGGUCAUUCUUCAGUUAUUGUUUGUUUUUUUGCAGUUAACUUUCAACUUGUAUGGAAUCAUGAUCGUCAUAUUGCACUAAAUAAUUACUCCCAUUCAAUCGAGUUUGUAGCAUUUUUCUUAAAAUAUAGCGUUUACUUAUUUUGUGCUAGUAUUCAAUUAUUUGUCAUUGCUGUUUUUGUAUCCUGCAAAGAGCUUUGGAAAAUACAUUAAAAUUUAUGGUUGGCUAAAAUGCUUUAAUUUCUUGUAUAUAUAUUGUAUAUUCUUCAGACAUUUUUAUGAAGAACUGAAAAAUACAGCAGCUGUUAUUUACUGAAUAAUUAUUUUUAUCAAAUUAGGCACAAGGGAUGGUACUGAAAGCCAUAAUAAAAUAUUCACCUCACUUGAGAAAUGCCAGUGCAUAGUAAAACAUUAUAUUAAUUUUAAUUUCAAUAUCAAUAUAUUGUUAUAUGUUAUAACUUUACAUUUUAUAUACUCACAUAUAAGGGUGGUGUUUGCAUCUGAAGCAUCACAUUAGCAUGGUAAUAUUUGUAUUGUUGUUCUUUUCUUUUUAUUCUGUAUGAGGAUAAUGUGCAUUUCAAGUAUGCAGAGAUAUGAACGCCUACUUAUCUCUUUUUGUAACAGGAAAUAAUAGUUUUAUGUUUGCUUUUGAUUAUUUAGAAUAUUUAGUUCGUACAAUGCUAACAUACAUGCAGGUAAAACGUGAUUAUAAGGGCCUUAAAAACUGCAUUACUGUAAAGAUAAGACUAAUAUUUAGUCAGUAAUUCUUUUCAACACACUUAAAAGCCUUUGUUGAUUUGUUAUGAAAUAUUAAUUGGAUAUAUUUCUCUGUGUAAUAAAAAUAAGAUAAUAAAAUAUGGUACUGAUUUAUAUUUAAA